UACGAAGAAGAGAAGCAUACGAAAUCCCGUCCGAGAAUAUGAAAUUACUGGUAUCCAAACAGGUCCAAUUGAGCCCAAUUUACCAAUUACCAGUUACCACUAUUACACUUUCUCUCUCUAAACUCCUCUCUCUCUUCUCUUCUCGCUCAGAAUAGAAUUGUUGAUCCAAUUCAAUGGGGGCUACCAGUAGCGACGUCGAAGCAGGUUUCGCCAAGCUUCAAGGCGAGGAUUUCGAGUACUACAUGCAGACUUACUCCAUAAUCUUAGGCCGCAAUUCCAAGAAAUCCAACGUCGAUGUCGACCUCUCAAGUCUCGGUGGCGGCAUGAAUAUAUCCCGUCACCACGCACGCAUCUUCUACGACUUCUCCCGCCGUCGUUUUGCCCUCGAAGUCAUCGGAAAGAAUGGCUGUCUCGUUGAGGGUGUUCUUCACCUACCUGGAAACCCUCCCGUCAAGCUCGAUUCUCAGGAUCUGCUUCAGAUUGGGGAUAAGGAGUUUUACUUCUUGCUUCCCGUUAGGAGUAUUUUGGGUGGGCCGGUUGGGCCAAGACAUUACGUCGGUCACGGUUCUUCCGUUCCCGCGGCGGCGGUUGCAGGCGGAGCAAUUGUUCCUGCUCAUUAUAAUUAUCACGUUGGGUCUGGUCCUGCUGGGGCUGGAUCGGUUGGGAAGAAGGGGAGAGGAAGGGAGUAUUAUGAAGAGGAGUAUGAUGAUGAUGAUGAAUUAGGUGGUGGCGGUGGUGGUGGUGGGAGUAGUGGUAAGAAAUCGAGAAGAGAGGGGUAUGAUGGUUAUGGCUAUGGUGGUGCUGGAGGUUCCAGCGGCAAGGCUGGGGCUUUAGAGAAGAAGGGAGAUGGAAGGUCAAGAAUUGAUCGAGAUAGCGAUAACCAACAGCUUCUGCAGUUGGAGGAAAAGGAUGUUGUGUCAUCUGUUGCUACAGUGCUUUCUGAUUUAUGUGGUCCUGGAGAGUGGAUGCCUAUGGAGAAACUUCAUGCUGAGUUGAUGGAGCAGUUUCGUAAUGUUUGGCAUCAUAGUCGAGUAAGGAGAUAUCUUACAUCUGAGGAUUGGCCCGGUCCUGAAUCAAAGGGAAAACCAUGGUAUGGCCUUCUAAUGUUGCUCAGGAAAUACCCGGAACACUUCGUCAUCAACACAAGAUCGAAGGGCCGUGUCACUCUCGAAUUCGUUUCUCUUGUCUCUCUUCUUUCGUAACAACAUGAGACGACAUUGGGUAGACCGUUGAUUAUGACCGUUCACAGUUGGGCAAGUUCUACUGCCAAUGGUAGAAGUGUAGACAUUUUGGUUAGCCCCGUUCUGUAUGAAUUAUGAUCUUAUGUAAAAUCACUAACCAGGAAUGAAUUAAUUUGGCAUAAUUUAGGGAUUUUACUUUUGCCACUAAAACUUUAUGUAAAUAGUGGUUAUUGGUCAAAGAGCGAAGUAACUCUUAAUUAAUGCCUAGUUGUGUUUUAGAUUAUGUUAAACAAAGUUCAAUUUCUUCAA